AUGCAUACAUUAGCACUGAGAGUUGAUGAGAAUAUAAGCAAAGCUUUACCUGCAAUUCACUUCCUUACUGGUUCAGAUGUUACAAGUAAAGUUGGUACAAAACCUGCAGCAUUGAAAGUAAAACCAGAAUACAUUCAAGGUUUAGCAACCUUUGGGGAGAACCUAAGUGAUGAAAAUUGCAGUAAAGCUGAAGUGUUUCUUGUACAAGUUUUGAAAUCUGGGUCAAAAUGUAUGACCAUGAAUAAAUUUAGGAACUGGAUGUACCAUCACUCAAAAUCAGCUCAAAUAAGCUCAUUGCCACCCACAUCACACCUACUAACAGACCACAUAAAACGAGCUCACUUAGCCACAUAUCAAGUCCAGCAUGUUCUAGAUGAAGAAGCUGUAACACUUGAUCCCCUACAAUAUGGCUACAUUAAGGACCCCACAAAUGAUUCUCUUAUCCCAAAGCAGGACAUAAGGAUUUGGCCUGAAGAUUUGAUAAAGCAAUGUACAUGCAAAACUUGCAGCCAGGCAUCAUGUGGAUGCAAACAGAGUGGGCAACACUGCAUAUCAUUCUGCAAAUGCACAAGUUUACAAACAAAUAAAUGUAAAAAUCCCUUUUUAAAAGAGAGUGAACUUUUGGAGGCAAUGCUUAAUUAAUGUUUUAUGCUGAUAAAAUGAACUGUUUUAAUCAAAUAUCACAAAACAAAUUGAAUGUAACAGUUGUUUUCUAGUCUCUUAUUUUACAAUGAAUUGGAAUUUAGGUAGAAUCAGAUCAGGGAGCAGUUUUCAAAAAUAUUUAUGUCAUAUUCGUAAUCACAUCUAUUUUCUAGAAAUUCAAAGCAGUGCAUUCUUUAUUAAAAAAUAGAGGUAUUUCUGUUAAUACGUUCAAGUGUUUUGCUGUGGAUAUAUAUACUUUGAAUCUGAAAUAUGGUUACCGGUAUAUUAUUUCAUAAAAUAGCAUGUAUCUAUUAGGAGGUACAAUAUUUGAAAUGGUCAGGAAGACUUGGGGAGGCUAAAAGCGCAUUUUGCUUUCAAUUUUGUCAUUGUUCUCUAUGUUUCUUACUUUGCCUUCAAAAAUCAUACAUGAUUUACAAACAAAUGAAACUUAUAGAAAAAUAUAUUUUCUAUAGAUGGCGCCUUUUAUGCAUGGUUUCAUUCUGUCUAUAAUGUAUUCAUUAAUAACCGUAAUUGUCAACCAUAAGCUUAACUUGUCUAAAUAUAUAUUUUUCUACUUGUUACAUCAUGUUAGGUUUACCUUAGAAAUAAAAAAGCAUAUGUAUUUGGUAAUAUGUAAAAACUGAUAUUUUGUCAAAUUUCUUCCACUUUUACAAAAAAAAUUUUUUCUAAGUUCCCAUGUCCCACAUAUAUUAAUUUGAUACUGCAUCAUAUGUCCCCUUUAUGGUUCUAAUUAUUACACCAAUAAUAACAAUUUUAUCUACCAUAACAGCCUCAGAAUAAUAAACUUUAUAAGGUAGACCCUUGAUUAUAGGUGGCGCUUCUGUAUAUUUGAGGCAAAAUGACCCAUCAAAUGACCUUCCAGGAUCACCUAAAAAUUCAAAUGCAUAGUUUAGGAAGUAGUCUCUAAGGAAACAGCAAAAAAAUAAAUAUGAAAUUAGGUUUGGCUGAAAAAAAAAUUAAUUA